AAAACGUCGUUCACAUAACAACCGUUUAAAGGGUCGAUUGGUUUCUAUGGAAACACAACAACACAACACUUUUCUUUGCAGACAUUUUUGUUGCAAUCGUUUGUGAAUUGAAUUGUCAUUUAAAUCGGAUUUAAACGGUGUUUAGGAAAUGGUGUUCACAUCACAAGUGGUCCGACAGUGGAUCAAACACCCGGCGUUUCGUAAAUGGUAUUACAAUUUGAGUGGUUAUAACAAAAUGGGUCUGUACAAGAAUGACAUCGAGUGUCUGGGUAAACUGCCUUUCCAUCCGAGCGAUGAGGACUACGUGAAUGAAGUGGUGAUCGGCGCCCCUUAUAGUGUUACCAAGGAGUUAAUGAAUCACUUCAAAGUGGAUGUCGUAGUCCACGGCCACACAGACAUACAUCCCGAUGGUCUGGUGUGUGUAGGUCUGUACAAGAAUGACAUCGAGUGUCUGGGUAAACUGCCUUUCCAUCCGAGCGAUGAGGACGUCUACAACGAGGCGUUGCGUCGACUGCCGGGCGAUGAGUACGACCGGUGGGCCUUCCGGACCAUACGGUGCGCUCAGUUAGAGAUCACCAAAUCGUUUAUUCCCGAGAAAGAGCGCCACACCUAUGAGGAGGACGAAACGAAGGGCCGAUUUCUGGAGCCGUAUAUGAAGGAGAUAUUGGCCGAGAAGAAGGAGAAGGAGGAGUGGCAGGACUUCCUCUCCAAGAAGUGAUCACUCAUUUAGCGCUUAUUUCAAUGAAAUGUUUGUUUUGUUCGCAAAAACGAUGAACUAAUUAGUCUUAAAUUGUUUGUAAAAUUUAUUUUAGAAAUUAAUUGGAAAUUAAGGCCAAAAUAUAGUUAAAUUAAAAUAAAUACUAUAAAUAAAUAAAAUCUCUUUUAGUGUAUAAAACAAA